AUGGUUAAAAACAUCUUGCGGCUGCCUUUUUGGCAAAUCAAGUCGGGCUUCGUGAGUCCCUCUGCUGCCGAAAAUUCAGAGCCGAAACGCCAAAAGCUGUCAAAUGAAUCAACAACAGAGCCCGCAAUUGAUAUGAUCAGCGAUUUGCCAGAAUUGUUCGAUUGUAGUGUAAAUAUAUCUGUUGGACCUCGUGAGGAUAGAAUGAUGCUUUCUGGAAUGCAUACGGUAGCUGAUAUAUAUUGCUGCCGCUGUGGACAAAUAGUUGGGUGGAAAUAUGAGGCUGCCCAUGAGAAAAGUCAAAAGUAUAAGGAGGGAAAGUUUGUACUUGAGAGAGGAGGGAUCAUGGAUGGUUUGGACUCAGAAUUCUAUAUUGAUACUCGUCCAAGCAUGAGUGAUGCUGAGGACGCAUAGAUUACUGUUAUCGUUUAUUGUACAUGUUAGAUAAUGUAGUGAAUUUGGAGAACCUUGGCUUCCAGUUAAUAGAUAAGUCCUGUGUAUGUACGUUGUCGCAGUUAUUCAACUAAAGUUUGAUAUAUAGAUGUAUGCUAAAAUAGUUUUACCAGCAAUUACCAAGGUCUUUUAUGUUUUAACUGGUGCUUGAGACUUCUUUGAAGUUGUUAAUUCACAUAUGCAUGAAGGUCAUUACG